AUGCCGCUGGGGGGCGCCGCCCUCGCCCUGCUCGCCGUCGCGCUCGCCCUUCUCGCACUGCUGGCGCGGUGGCUCCGGCGCCCUGGGAGGCCUGCCGUCGGAGCAACGACUGUGCGGGAGGCCCAAAGCACAGACGACGAAGAGGGAGCGGACCGGGGAGACCUCGCGGACCAGUUCAGCGACCCUCAGGAGCCGCUGCCUGGGGGAUGCCGCCUCAUCUGCAAGCCGUCGGCGCUGGCCCAGUGCCUGCUCCGUGCCCUGCGACGCUCGGCGGCCCUGGAGACUGGCCUGCGCUCCUGGCUUGCGGGGCCCCACCUGCAGACCCUCUGCCACUUCGUCUUGCCCGUGGGUCCGGGACCUGAGCUGGCCCGGGAGUACCUACAGCUGACGGACGAUGGGCUCGUGGCACUAGACUGGGUUGUGGGACCUUGUGCCCGAGGCCGCCGGGUCACCAGCGCCGGGAGCCACCCAGCCGUGCUGCUGGUGAUCCCCAAUGCAUGGGGGCGCCUGACCCGUAACGUGCUCGGCCUCUGCCUGCUGGCCCUGGAGCGCGGCUACUACCCGGUCAUCUUCCACCGCCGCGGCCACCAGGGCUGCCCCCUGGUCAGUCCCCGCCUACAGCCCUUUGGGGACCCGUCCGACCUCAAGGAGGCGGUCACUUACAUCCGCUUCAGACACCCAGCGGCCCUGCUGUUCGCGGUGAGCGAGGGCUCGGGAUCCGCGCUGCUGCUCUCCUACCUGGGCGAGUGUGGCUCCUCCAGCUACGUGACCGGCGCCGCCUGCAUCUCGCCGGUGCUUCGCUGUCGUGAGUGGUUCGAGGCUGGCCUGCCCUGGCCCUACGAGCGAGGUUUUCUGCUCCAACAGAAGAUCGCGCUUAGCAGGUACACAACGGCGCUGGAGGACACAGUGGACACCGGCCAACUGUUGAGGAGCCGCUCCCUGCGUGAGCUUGAGGAGACCCUGUUCUGCCACACCAAGGGUUGCCCCAUCAGCUGGGACACCUACUGGGACCGCAACGAGCCCCUCCGGGACGUGGACGAGGCAGCUGUGCCUGUGCUGUGCAUCUGCAGCGCCGACGACCCCGUGUGCGGGCCCCCCGCGCACACCCUGCCCACGGAGCUCUUCCGCAGCAAUCCCUACUUCUUCCUGCUGCUCAGCCGCCAUGGAGGCCACUGUGGCUUCCUGCGCCAGGAGCCCUUGCCAGCCUGGAGCCACGAGGUCAUCCUGGAGUAUUUCCGGGACCUGACUGAGUUCUUCCGAGCGGAAGAGAGGAUGAAAGGGCUGAGCAGGCGCCGAGCUUCGUUCCUGGGGGGCCGGCGCCGUUGGGGAAGCCUGCAGAAGCGAGAGGUGCUCCCUUCAUCCCACCUGGAGAUGUUCAGCUGGAAGCGAUCCUAUACCAGGUGA